CCAGGUGGAGGUCGCGGGCUGGCCGCGGGGAGGAAGGUGCUUUCCUCGCCGACCCGGCCUCGGAGAGCUGCGGCGGGCAGGCCAAGCCCAGGUGCCGGCAGCAGUUCCAUCACGAGAGACCCUCCCUCCACCCUUGCACUCCAGGUGCCAUCCCGAUGCCUAAUGUCCCUGGCUGCUUAUUGUGUCGUCUGUUGUAGAAGAAUGGGAACCUCAACUCCUCCUCCAAAGAGCAGCACAUACUGGAGAGAUAUCAGAAACAUAAUAAAGUUUACUGGAUCGCUUAUUUUAGGAAGUUCGCUAUUUCUUACAUAUGAACUUCUGGCCCUGAAGAAGUCUUUGACAUUAGAUACUCAAGUGGUAGAAAGAGAAAAAAUGAAGUCAUAUAUAUGUAUGCACACAGUUUUAGAUGAAAGAGAAAAUCAUGGACUCAUUUACCAGGCGCGGAAAGAGCUUCACAAAACAGUAAGAAGAAUAUUGGCAACCUCAGCCAAGAUAUUACGGGGUCCGUUUGCUGACACUUUUAGCACAGUUGACAUGGAAGAUCAUGAAUGUGCCGCAUGGCUGCUCCUGAAGAGGAGCAGGUCAGGUGACAGGACGGCCCGGUUGCAGGCUGUGCAGGCCAUGUCGGAGGCCCACCACUGGCAUGAUUACCAGUAUAGGACAAUCGCUCAAGCCUGCGAUCUGAGAACUCGUAUUGGUUUGGCACGAAGCCAAGAGAGUGAUCUUCGCUUUUUUCUCCCUCCACCUCCUUUACCAGCUUUAAAUGAAGAUUCUUCCAUUGAAGAAGAGCUCAGACACUUGCUGGCUUCUUUACCUCAAACGGAGCUGGAUGAGUGUAUCCAGUAUUUUACAUCUUUGGCUCUGAGUGAAAGCAGUCAGAGUCUAGCGGCUCAGAAGGGUGGCUUAUGGUGUUUCGGAGGAAAUGGACUUCCUUAUGCUGAGAGCUUCGGCGAAGUUCCUUCAGUGACCGUGGAAAUGUUCUGUUUAGAAGCCUUAGUAAAGCAUUCGGAGAUACCCACACAUUGUGAUAAAAUUGAAGCGAGUGGAGGCUUGCAACUACUUCAGAAGAUGUACCAACUUCACAAGGACUGCCCCAAAGUACAGAGAAAUAUAAUACGUAUCAUUGGAAAUAUGGCUUUGAACGAACAUCUUCAUUCAACUAUAGUUCAAUCAGGCUGGGUUUCCUUACUGGCAGAAGCACUGAAGUCUCACCACAUUGUGGAGGCCUCACAUGCCGCCAGAACCCUGGCUAAUCUAGACCGAGAGACGGUGCAAGAAAAGUACCAGGAUGGCGUGUACGUGCUUCACCCCCAGUGUCGCACAAGUCAGCCCAUUAAAGCAGAUGUCCUUUUUAUUCACGGCCUUAUGGGAGCAGCAUUCAAGACGUGGCGUCAGCAGGACCAGGCGCUAACUGAAAAGGUUUCAGGGGAUGAAACCAGGUAUACAACAUGUUGGCCCAAGACAUGGUUAGCAAAAGACUGUCCCGCUCUCCGAAUUAUCUCUGUGGAGUACGACACCAGCCUUAGCGACUGGAGAGCGAGGUGCCCGACAGAAAGAAAGUCCAUUGCAUUCAGGAGCAACGAACUUCUUCAAAAACUCCGAGCUGCUGGUGUUGGGGACAGGCCGAUGGUUUGGGUGUCACACAGCAUGGGGGGUCUUCUUGUCAAGAAGAUGCUGUUGGAAGCGUCUCAGAAUCCAGAGAUGAGCACUGUUAUUGACAACACCCGAGGGAUAAUCUUCUACAGCGUCCCUCACCACGGGUCCCACCUGGCCGACUACUCUGUCAACGUCCGCUACCUUCUCUUUCCCUCGUUGGAAGUCAAGGAACUCAGCAAGGAUUCUCCUGCGCUUAAGGCACUACAGGAUGACUUUCUGGAGUUUGCUAAAGACAGAAACUUCCAGGUGCUGAGUUUCGUCGAGACCCUGCCAACCUCCAUUGGGAGCAUGAUUAAGCUCCACGUGGUGCCCGUGGACUCAGCAGAUUUAGGCAUUGGAGAUCUAAUUCCUGUGGAUGUGAACCACCUGAACAUUUUGCAAGAAGCUUGGUGGUCUCUUUCGAAGCAAUCAUGCAGACACAGCCACUGUGGCAUCAGCGUGGUCUGGAGCAUGUUGCAGGCAACAACACUGCAAAGCACAAGUGCAGAAGUGGCAAUCAAAGAAGGAAGGGCAGACGGAUUCUUUCGAUUUCAAGGAGCUCCAUGUGUGCCAGUUUAUGCUGUGAGGUGUUGUCCCUGGUGAACAAGCUGCUGUGGGUAGAGAAUACCUUUUGUCACCUGUGACUGUCUAUAGCUUACCCUUGCGGAGCACUGAUGGCUUCUGAAGGGAUAGCGAAUCGUCAGCUUACCAUAACAAUGCUAUUGGGAGAGUACCUAGAAUGGGCAGGAGAAUGAUCUAGAACAUAAAGGACUGUUUUUGUUCUGGGAUUCCAUGUGCUGUAAAUUUUUACUAACAUGUAAGUGUAAACCUUUGUCUAACAUGUUAACUGUUGGACCUGUUGCCAGUUAUGGCUCAGUUCCUUGUACGUUUUUAUUUUCAUACGGCUGAGAACAGAUAUUUCUCUUCAAAAAAUCUAGCUUACAGAAAUUCUUUCCAGACUUUAGCUACCUAUACUUGUAUUUUUCCCAGAUAAAGUAGCUAAUCCAUUAUUGAUCACAGUGUGAAUAAAACUAUUCUAAGCCAUUAUAUAGAUUAGUAAUACUUAGUAUCAAGAUUCUCAGAUUCUCUUGAGGCCAAGUAAAAUAUCCCUUUCUUUCCUGCUCCUUUGACCUCCAGCAAGUGAGAAAUAGGAAAUCAUGUUGACUUUUUCUAAAUAAUGGCAUUAUUGAGAUAUAAUUCACAUUUCAUAAUAUUUACCCUCUUAACUCAAGGUUGUUUAUUUUUAGUAUAUUUACAGAGUUGUGCAGUCAUCGCCACUGAUCUCAGAACAUUUUUAUCAUACCCCCAAAUAACCCCAUAUCCCGUAGCAAUCACUCCUCACCUUUUCUCCCCCCAGCCCUGGCAAACACUAAUCUACUUCAUCUCUAUGGAUUUGCCUGUUUUGAACUUUCAUAUAAAUGGAAUUAUACACUA